CCAUGCCCCUCAAGCCUACUAGCCAUCUCUCAUCUCGAUCCAGAGACCGGAGCUCACUGGCCUUAAUUACAAACUCAUGCCUAGCCUGAGGCACAGCAGCUCCUUAGUGAAUCUGAUCGACAAGCAGCUUCACCAGCUCCCCACAUCAAAGAUGAUGAAGAUCAGCAAGAGCGCCCCCAACCUCCUGAAGAAGGCCGUGACGUCGUUCAAGAGCAAGACGGACGCUCUAAGAACGAAGCUCAUCAUCCUGGCCUCGCUGCGCCGCAGGAUGGCGAUGAUCCGCGCAGUGUCUCGCCAGAUCCACGCGCUCGCCGCAUCGGGUGGCCGGGAUAAUAGGCAGGCCGCGGUGGAGCACGGCGGCAAGGCUCUCGCUCCGCGCAAGGCGGCGGCGGCGGAGGCGGCGGGCGAAGAGGCAGCUGGUGAUCAUGGCGGCGCCGGCGAGACUCCUCGUCUUGGUCUGUUUGAGGUGGCAGUGUUUGAGGAAGAUCACCAUGGCUACUACCCUGACUGGACCACCUCCCUCUUUGACGAUGACGAUGCUUGCAACCGUGAGGAGGAGGAUGCCCACGACGACGACGAGCAGGAUGAUCUUGAUCUCGAUGCGUUCGACGAGACCUCGGUCAUCGACAUCAUCAGGAGCAACCGGGAGGCUCAAGGGUUGGAGUUCAGCAUUGAAGAUGACAUCGACGAGGCUUGCGAUAUGUUCAUCAGGAGAUGUCGCAGCCGGAUGAACCUUAGUUUCUAGUGAUCUCGGUUUUUGUAGUUUGCUCGAGUGAUGUAAGCAUGAAGAUACUAUUAGUACUGACGAGUUGAGAGACAACAUAAGGUGUACGUGUGUGAGAGAUGCUAAGAUUUUGGUAGCACGCAGCUAGGGAUUGGAGGACAUGAAGAACUUGUUUUGAUGGAAGCAUAAUAUGACCACUUUAUUAUGUGGCGUGGCAACAAAGUGUUCUGCACAUUGCUUGCUUGACACAUGCACUGCAUAGUAAUUUUGCAAAGGAAAAAAAGUCCAUUUUUCAA